AUGUUGAAUCAGGAUUCUGAAAUCUUGAAUCAAGAGCUUAACAUUUUGAAUCAAUAUUCUGAAAAUUUGAAUCAAGAGGCUAACAUUUUUCUACUUUUUUUUAAAUCUUCGCAAAAAAUACGAGAGACCUCUUUUUUUUCUUCAAAAAACACUGGCACGGAACGGCCGAAUAAAUUUAAUUAUAUAUCUAGAUGGACGAUUGUGAAAAAUCGGGGAAAAAAGUUUCCAAGGUUACGGUAG